AUGAGAUUCAUUUGGUUGGCUUGUAUAUUCAUCCAAUUGGUUCAUGCCAAUUAUGGUUUUGAAGAAUGGAGUAACAACGAUUUGAAACAAUUCUUGGAAGACAACAAGGUCAAACAAGACCCCAAGUGGGAUAAUGCAAAAUUGAUUGAAGUGGCCAAUAUUGAAGCCAAAAAGUUGGAAAAUGGUUACAACAAGUUGAAAAGUGAAUUGGAUAAGCAAUUGAAGCCAAAGAAACACAAUUUGGAAGACUAUUUAAGUUUCAGCUACUUAUUUGGUUCUUCAAGUGAAAAAAAACCAAUUCUGGAGUGGUUUUUUGAAAGUUGGGAUUUUGAUUCAUUAACUAAGUUUUUGAAACAUCAUGGAAUCAAGGUGGAUGAAAAAGCAAACAAGAGUGACUUGCUAAAGACUCUCAAGAGCAAAUACAGCUCAAUUUCAAAAAAGAAUAAAGGCUCCAACUUUUACCCCGGUGAUUGGUUAUACGAAUCGUGGUCUGAGGAUGAUUUGAAAAAAUGGCUAAACAACUACAAGAUAGAAUUUGACAAGAAUUCAUCAAAAAAGGGUUUGGUGGAAAAAGUCAAGGAGUACAAUUACAAGGCUACAAAUGAUAUUAUUGACACCAAGGAUGCAUUAUUUGAUUCAUUGGAUUUAUUUGACAAGUCUAUUUUUGACAAAACUGGACAAAUUAGAGAUGAAUUUUUUGAAUCUUGGUCUUAUUCACAAUUGCGUGAAUGGUUGUACUUGCAUGGAUUUAUCAAUACCAAACCAGAUGUUUGGGUUGGUGACUUGGAUAAGGAAACAUUGAUUAAGAAGGCGCAAACUUACAAGAGCUACCUUCUCGAUGACAUUCAAACUUGGUUGAAACAUUCAGAGAAAAAGAGUGAACCUUGGUUAUCAAAAGGUGAGUCUGGUAAAGGUGGCAGAGGAGCCAAGAAUUUGAUUAAUGACACAUUCUUUGUUGGCAUUGAAAAUUGGUCAAAGGAUAAAUUGCGUGAAUUUUUAAAUGUACGUAAAGUUCCAUAUUCCAUCUUCACCACCAGAAAGCAGUUGAUUGACUUGGUUAAAGAACAUAGAGGUGAUCCAAUUCAUGUUGAAGCUGAUGCUUAUGUUGUCGAUAACGAUAUUUCAACCAACUCGAUCAAGGAAUGGUUACGUGAACAAGGUCAAAAUGUUGAAGGUUCAAGACAAGACUUGAUUGCUGCAUUUCAAAAGCAAUUUAAGAGUCAUGGAUCUGGAAAGGAAAAUAUUGAUUCACAGAUUAGAUUGCACAAACCCGAUUUGGAAAGUUUCAAACAUUACUUGACGAGAAAUGUCGUUGAUGCCGAAUCCAUUGGUGAAGACAAGUUGAAAAAGGCAUAUAUUAUCGUUGAAGAGUAUUUCCAAAAGGCAACCGAAGUUGCUCGUGAUGAAUUGAAACACGCGGAAUAUUCCGUUGAGGAAGCUUUGCAGGAAAUUCAAACUGAAAGUUACGAAUAUGCAGCUCGAUUCUUGGAGGAAAUCAAUGAAGAUGCAGAAAAGUUUUCUAACUUGGUUUAUGAUGCUAAAUUGGCUAGUACUCAAUACGCCAAAUCAACUAUCGGCUCAUUGAUUAAAGAUUGGAAAAGAAUUCAACAAACUUUACUUGGUAAAAAAAGCAAGUCUUCUUCUUCUUCUUCCUCCUCUUGGUUCCAGCGUGGACAAAAGGAGGUUAACAAAGGUGGGCAAGCUGUCUUGGACAAUGCCAAUGAUCAAUAUCAAGCAUUAGCAAAGAAGUAUGAUGAGUAUGCUCAACAUGGCAAAGAUUUAUACAAUGAGUAUUUAAGCAGUGUUGACGACUCGGUUGAUGACUUGACCAAGCAAGCUGGAAAGCAAUAUGAAGACUUAGCCAAGGACGCCAACUACAAGUAUGAUCAAUACAAGAAGCUUUACAACAAACAAUCUGAUGCUGUUGCAGAAGCUGCAGGUAAGAAUUAUGAACGUGCUGUUGAAGAAGCUAACAAGCAAUACGAUGCGUAUUCAAAAUUGGUGAAUGAUAAUUUGGAAAAUUUACUCGGAAGUGCUGGUAAGCAAUAUGAAACAGCAGCAGCUGAAGCUAGUAAAAAGUAUGAUGAAUAUGCUGCUAUUGCUGCAGAUGCUGCCGACAACGCCAAGAAGGAAGCUGGUAAGCAGUAUGAGUUGGCAUCGGCAGAAGCGGCAAAGAGAUACGACGAGUAUAAAAAGUUGGCUGAUAAGAAGUAUCAAGGAUUGUCAAAACUUGCUAACAAGCAAUUUUCCGAAUAUUCCAAAUCUGCCAAUAAGAAGGCUAAUGAAUUAUCAGCUGAAGCUGCCAAGCAAUACGAAGAGGCCAUCAAGGUUGCCAAUGCCAAAUAUGAUGAGUAUAGCAAGCUUGCCAAUAAAAAGUACGACGAAUGGUCUAAAGAAGCUUCAGCCAAGGCUGAUGAUUGGUACAAGGAAGCAGGCAAGCAAUAUGAAGCUGCCGCUAAGGACGCACUGGACAAAUAUGCCAAGUAUUCAUCGGCUCUUGGUGCAUGGGCCAGUGAAGUUGGGGCAAAAGCCAAGGUCAAGUAUGAUGAGUAUUCUGAUGAUUUAAGUAAACAAGCUUAUGAACUGUACCAAGUUGCAUCAAAAGAAGCUUCCAAGAAGUACGAUGAGUUUUACAAAUUGACUGGUAAAAAGUAUGACGAAUAUUCAGAAGAAGCGUUGAAGGCAUUGGACAAGGCUUCAAAAGAAGCUGCAAAACAAUAUGCUGCUGCAUCAAAAGAUGCGGGAAAAAAGUAUGAUGAGUAUUCGAAAUUGGCCGGUGAAUUGGCGGUUGAGUAUGGACAAAAAGCCAGUGAGUUGGGUAAAGAUGCUGGGGAAAAAAUUCAAACUGCUUCAAAGGAAGCUUGGAAAUCCACUCAAGACAAUUAUGUCAAGUAUACUCCAGUUUUUCAAGAUUGGUUAAAGAAUCUAUACAGAUCGGUAUUGUACCAUUUGGGUAUUUUCAACAAUAAGCUUUAUGAUGCUGCCGAACAAGCCAAGGAUGGCUUGGGUGAUAAAUGGGAUAGCAUAGUCAAGACUUAUUCCAAUGCUGAUUUGAAGUCAUAUUUACGAUCAUUUGGAUACAAUUAUAAUUGGUUGUCGAGCUUGAAUCGUAAAGAAUUGUUGACUUUGGCUGAGGCUCAGAAUAAAUUGUUUAAUGGAUACAAGUCAUUGAAGUGGGAGAGACCAAUUAGCGAAGUGUUGGAGGAGAAGUUGGGAUUGAAGCGUCAUCCUGAGGGUAUAAUACAGCAUGUCAAAUCAUGGUUGGGGUUGAAGUGGUAA